AUGAACGACAUUAUUGGACAAACAAGCUUUUCAACAGGUGUAAAUCCACAAGCAGUCGCUGUUGCUGAUUUUAACCAUGAUGGUAACCUGGAUAUUGUCGUGGCGAACUCUGAUGAUAAUACUCUGACUGUAAUACUAGGGAAUGGUAUAAAUGACACUCUUGGACAAGGUAUCUUUUCAACUGGUACAAGUCCACAAUCAGUUGCUGUCGCUGAUUUCAACCUUGAUGAAAAACUAGAUAUUGUCGUUGCAAACUCUGGUAAUCACACUGUGACUGUUAUCCUGGGAAAUGGUGUGAAUGACACUAUUGGACAAAGCAGCUUUUCGACCGGUAAAAAUCCACGAUCAGUUGCUGUCGUUGAUUUUAACCUUGAUGGUAAGCCAGAUGUUGUCAUUGCGAAUUAUGUUGAUAAUACCGUGACUGUGUUACUUGGAAACGGUGUAAACGACACUAUUGGACAGGUAACAUUUCCAACUGGCGGAAAUCCACGAUCAGUUGCUGUCGGUGAUUUUAACCUUGAUGGUAAGCCAGAUAUUGUCGUCGCAAACUUUGGUGAUAAUACUGUGGCUAUACUACUUGGAAAUGGUGUAAAUGAUACCAUCGGACAAAAAAGCUUUCCAACAGGCAAAAAUCCACAAUCAGUUGUUGUCGGCGAUUUCAACCUUGAUGGUAAGCCAGAUGUCGUCGUUGCAAAUUUCGGCGAUAAUACCUUGACCAUACUACUUGGUAAUGGCCAAGGAAGUUUUAUUGUGUACGAGACUCUCCCAGCUAGCGGUAAUCCAAGCUCCAUUGUUGCAAGCGACUUUAAUGGUGAUGACAUUUCACCAUCGGAACUAGUCGUUCUUUACGAACAUGAAAAAAUCUUACCGGAUUUUAAUCUUCUCACAUUCGUUAAUAAACAUUUUCAUCUUCCAUCAUGUACUGCUUUGACUUACACUAGUGAUCCAACAAUGGCUCCUAAAGAUCACAUAAAUAAACUAUGGGAUUUACUUUCUCGACCAGCUGAUACGCCAAUUGAAGGUAGUUCAAAAAUACCUCUUCCAUUCCCGUAUGUUGUACCCGGUGGUAGAUUUCAAGAAAUUUUCUAUUGGGAUUCAUACUUCACCAUGUUAGGCUUAAUUCUUAAGCCUGAGUGGCUACAUAUAGUUAGAGGAAUGAUUGACAAUUUCGCCUAUAUGAUUGACCGAUUUGGUUUUAUACCAAAUGGAAGUCGUACCUAUUUUUUAAGCCGAUCUCAGCCACCAUUUUUCGCCGAAAUGAUUCAGUUGUUAGCUGAUACAGAUCAUACAGAACAUAUCAAACAACGAUAUUUACCUCAACUACUCAAAGAAUAUGAAUGGUGGAUGACAAAUGCUGAUCAGUUGACAGAUGAACAACCAGUUAAAAGUCAUGUUGUACGAUUGCCCGAUGGCACGAUUCUCAAUCGAUAUUGGGAUCCAUUGACUACGCCUCGGCCAGAAGCAUAUCCGAAGGAAGAAGCUUAUCGUCAAAAAGCUGAGCAAAAUGGCAUCUCUGCUGAAAAAUUCUAUCAACAUAUCCGAGCUGCUUGUGAAUCAGGUUGGGAUUUUUCUUCACGUUGGCUAAUUGAUACUAAACGUAUGGAGACCAACCACGCAGCAGAUAUUGUUCCGAUCGAUCUUAAUUGUCUUCUCUACUCUCUGGAGAAUUUACUUGAAAGUACAUAUAACCAAAAAGGUGAUUUGGAAUCGAGUAAAAAAUUCGGAGGGUUAGCAGAAAAUCGAAAAAAUGCAAUUCAAAACAUCCAUUGGAAUAAUGAAACUAAAUUUUUUAUGGACUAUGAUUGGACACAAAAUCGAUCAACACCUGCCGUUACACUAGCUGGUGUUUAUCCACUCUUUUUUAAAUUAGCAACACUUGAACAAGCAGCACAUGUUCAUGAACGUCUUGAAAAAAGUUUUCUACAAUCUGGCGGUCUAGUUACUACUCUAGAGAGAACUGGUGAACAAUGGGAUUGGCCGAAUGGAUGGGCACCCUUGCAAUGGAUAGCUUAUCAAGGUUUGAAGAAUUAUGGAUUCAAUAAGUUAGCAGCUGAAGUAAGACUACGAUGGUUGACUCUAAACGAUCGUGUAUUUAAAGAGACAGGAAAAAUGACCGAGAAAUACAACGUAGUGGACAAUGUGAAAGCUGGAGGUGGCAACUACCCUCUACAAGACGGAUUUGGUUGGACGAAUGGAGUCUAUUUAAAACUGUUGCAUGAUGUUUAA